AUGAUCCGAUUCCCGCCCACAAUGAUCAUGCUGGGGGAGGAGGAGGUUUUGGCUGCUCUGGCUGCUAUCGAUCAACGUAGACUUGCCAACAAUCGCAACGAUUUGGACGUGAAAGAUGAAGCAAAAGCUGAACCAGGCUACGAUCGAACCGCAUCAAACUCUACAGCACCUCCUAACAGUUCAGGAGGAGACGGAUGUAUCAAAACCGAGCACGACAAUAUCAAAACCGAACGUGAUGAUGAAGCUCACGGCUCAUCCUACGCGGCAAAUCACUCUACGGGACGCACCUUCGUCAUGGACCCAAGCCCAAUGGGAGAAAAUCCUUCUUUGACAACCGAGUUGGCCCACCUAACAGUGGACACCGUCAAUGACUCCGCUACAGCUCGGGAUUCAUCUACUGUGGCUCGAAAGCCGAAUGGCGAGUAUCAGUAUUGGUGGGACGAGCCAGCGUGGUCCCCGGCAGCGGGAUAUCAGAAAGAGAACAAUGACAUGCGUCACUCACCCGGGAAUGAAGAGAACUACCGUCCCCCGAACCCUUCCCUGGCUGCAUGGGCCCCAACUAAUGCUGAGCAUUCGUGGCUUCUUCGCACUGAUCAGGUUUCCCGUGAACCGUGCCGCCGUGUCGGACAUAACUUUCGCCGCCGUUCCAUUUAG